GAUUUUAAUUGAAUAGGAUGCGUCCCUUUGGUUCCUUUUCGACUCAUAGAAUACUUCUUGCACUUCAUUAUAUAAACUCUAUCUUGAAUUUCGUUAUUCAAAAAUGAUAUCGAUACUUUCUCCCUGCUAGAUUUUCAAUUUCAUCUCGUCUUCCGUACUCUUUAGGAGCUGUUCUUUUCAAUUUACGUUUCCUUAGUUGAAAGACCUACUCUAGCCCGAGCAUAAAACUUUGGCGAAUCGUUACAAAUAUCUAGUCGAAAAUGUCAAGGCUUCAUAUCACUUGUCCUCAUUGCACUAGUGUAGUCUUUUCUAAUGAGAAACCUGUCGUGGUAGAAAAACCAACACUACGAUCCAUCUUGGGAGCUGCCAAAAACAAUUCAGCCAAAGCAGAGCCUUACUAUAGUCUAAAGGAUCCUUUUGCGUUCGAUAACAUUAGUGUAUCCAAACCCUUAGCUAGCAAUAUCAAGUUGCUAGCUUGCGGUGAAUGUGAGAAGGGACCAUUGGGAUACUUUGAUCCUGUGGAGAAGGAAUAUUUAUUGAUGUGUUCCCUAGAAAAACCAUAAGACCUUGUCCUCAUUUGAGAAUAUUUUCGUUUCUGUGUACUGAAACCGAAAACAAAUCUGUCUAUCCUUUUCCUAUUGUAUAUCUUACGAAAAGUCUUGCAAAAUCAAGUGAGUCAUCAUCAAAAUUGUCCUUAUGCAAAGCUUUACAAACAGAUUCCCAAGAAGUGAACAAUCAGAAACAUACAACUAAAUUACAUACAAAACAAAAUACAAAUUUCUUCUAUAUCAAAUAUA